UCUCUCUCUCUCUCAUUCUUUCUCUGACGAACAAAGAAGAAGAAGAAUAUAAAUUUCUGUGCUUGUUCUCUAUCUGCGUCUUUAUCAGUUGCGGGUAGAGAUGGCAGUAGAGAAUAAAGUUCAUUUGGUUAGUUCCUACCCUUAGAGCUACCCAAUAUUCGCGCCUCCUUUUUUCCCGCCCAAAUCUUGUCCACCAAUUCAGCUCAAUCCGACAGUGAGAGACAACGAGAGCUACGAUGUUGAAUAUAUUUUUCUUACAAAGUUAAUGAAAACAAUAUUUGUUCAUUAGGGUUUUUGUUUUGUUUUGUUUUGUUUAUUUUCCUCCCUCUCUCUCUCCUGCUUUCCCUCCUUAUAUAACCCUACUUGUUCUCCUUUCUUCUUCUCGGCUUUUCCUUUCCUUCUAUUCUCUUCAUGGGGAUCUGAUCCGACAACUGGACAGAAAACAGUUUCUGUGGGAGGGCAAAAAGCAAUCGGGUUCAAUUCCCGAGGAAAUUUCCUUACAAUUACUUUUCUUUUUCUUGUUUGAUAUAGGAGCUUCCAGUAGUGUAUACCUGGAGUCAAUUAGAGCUGCACCUAGUUUAGCUCAUCAUUCUAUUUUUGGAGUCAAGGGUUUAGAUUCUUCUACUCAGGGAAGAUUCAAUCAACCUAGAUCUGUGGUUUGCAAAGUCUUGAGAUCUUGGUUUUGCUUGAUCUGAAUCAAGAUUCAGCAGCAGGAGACAUGAACACUUUUUCACAUGUUCCUCCCGGUUUCCGGUUCCAUCCCACCGAUGAAGAACUAGUUGAUUACUACCUCAGGAAAAAAGUUAAUUCAAGAAGGAUUGACCUAGAUGUCAUUAAAGAUGUCGACCUCUAUAAAAUCGAGCCAUGGGACCUUCAAGAAAUAUGCCGAAUAGGGACAGAAGAUCAAAACGAAUGGUACUUUUUUAGCCAUAAAGAUAAGAAGUAUCCAACUGGGACUCGCACUAAUAGAGCCACUGCAGCUGGAUUUUGGAAAGCAACAGGCAGAGACAAAGCAAUCUAUUCCAAGCACGACUUGAUUGGAAUGAGGAAGACCUUAGUCUUUUACAAAGGUCGUGCUCCAAACGGACAGAAAUCAGACUGGAUUAUGCACGAGUACCGCCUUGAAACGGAUGAAAAUGGGACUGCUCAUCAGGAAGAAGGUUGGGUUGUGUGCAGGGUGUUCAAGAAGAGAAUAACAACUGUCCGGAAAGCGAGCGAGCAUGAAUCAAGCAGCUGGUAUGAUGACCAGGUUUCUUUCAUGCAUGAGGAGGAUUCGCCAAAUCAAAACUCACAGCCUGAGUUGGCCUAUCACCUCUCUUACUCGUGCAAGAAAGAGUUGGAUUUGCAGUAUCAUAAUCAGGUUGCCAGCAGCCAUGAUCACUUCCUUCAACUGCCACUUCUACAAAGCCCUAAACUGCUGAAAGCUGCCACUGUCUAUGGACUAGACAUAAACCAGGCAAGCACUCUGCAAUCCUCAUCUCUUUCACAGGAAGAACAAACACGUGACCAAAGCUUGCAUUCCCUCUAUGGUCACCAAAAUAAUAAUGGGCAAGCAGUUGAUCCAGUGACGGAUUGGAGAGUGCUAGACAAGUUUGUUGCUUCUCAACUAAGCCAAGAUGACUUGCCUAAAGAAAAUAAUACCUACUCAAAUGCAACCAACAACAUCUUCCACUCAUCAGAUCAGACAAAUAUGCUUGCUAGACACUUGAGCAAGCAAGAAACCACGCCGGAAAAUGCUUCGACGUCGACCUCUGGUUGUCAAAUUGAGUUAUGGAAGUGACAGAUGUCCUUUCUAAUAAAAUAUGCAACAGUAUAUACACUGAUCAUAGAAUGAUGAGGUAAUUAAAGGGAAAAUAUUAUGAUAUAAUUAAGUUUCUGUACAUAAUAAAAAUUAAAAACGCUAUAACUUAAUUUGACUUUGUUUUCCUAGUGUUAAGUUAAUUAACACCACCAUAUUAGCUAGUGAUCAGUCGUAAAAUUCAUGUUCCUUGUAAGAUGAAGUACCAUUAGGGUGGACUGUGAAAUGGAGUGACAGCAUUCAUGUUUGUAUUCAAAGGCAUUUUAAUUAAUGUAGCCAGUGGUCUAGCGACCACAUGUGCUGUUUAUGGAAUUAAUCGACCUCCUGGUCGAUUAAAGUGACAUGUUUGUACUCUCAACUUGGUGUGAAACAGUAUUAGAAUAAAAGACCUUUGUUUUCUCCCACUA